AUGCUUACUUCAAGACUAAAUCUUCCCAUCCCGGGAGGCUGGACCAAGGACGUUAGCGCGUCGUCCCCCAGUGCUCAAGAUUCCCCGCUUUCAGAAAACCAAAACCGCGAACUAGCAGCCGGCAUCGUCGGAGAGCGAGGAAGGGUGUUUGACGCGUCGGGCAAGCCCGUCGCCAAGGUCGUCGAGGGCGAGUCGUCGGAUCUGGUCGGCAGCAUCGUCUCGUCCACGGGCGACAUCCUCAGCUCGACGGGCAGCGUCGUCGGCAAGGCCGAGAUCCUCGGAGAGGACGAUGACCAGGAGCAGCAGCCCGAGGACAAGGAAAAGGUCGAACAGCUGAUUGAGAAGGCCAAGACCGAGAGCGAGGUCGGUUCCACAAAGGCCGCCGACGCCACUAGCGACGUGGAAGAGACGGGGUCCCAGAGCUCCAAGGGCGUCAAGUUCGCCGACGAGACCGAGACCCUAGGCGAGAAGGCGGAUGAGAAGCCCGACAACAAGGUCGACGACAAGGCCGACGACAAGGUCGACGACAAGCUGGCAGAAGUGGAGCCGGAGCCUAUCAAGGAUGACGACGACGACGUACCAUCCGACAAGACUCAGUCCGACGUCUCCAAGGGCGACAUCACCCCGCCUUCUGAUCAGUCCGACGAGAAGGCUGCGCCCUCCGUGACCUCGGAUAAGCCUGCCGAUGUGUCCAAAGAGGCUGCUUCUUCUAUUAUUUCUGAGAAGCCCACUGCGUCGGAAACGUCCGAGAAGCCUGCUGCAUCGGAAACGUCCGAAAAGCCCGCUGUGUCGGAAACAACCGAAAAGCCCACCGAAACGGAAUUGGAUAACGUUGACGAGACCUCCCAGAAGACUGCUCCUUCUGAAACUACCGAGAAGCCCUCUUCGGAUCUCGGUGACAAGCCUGCCGACGCUGUGACGGAUGCCGGCAGCAUAUCGCCCUCAGAUUCUGCCACCAACGCCAAGCCGGGCGUCGCUGCCAGCGAUGCCCCCACUGAUGCUCCCACUGAUGCCCCCACCGACGCCGCCACCGACGCCGUGGAAGGCGAGGGCAAGAAGCUCGACUUUUCGCUCCUCAAGGGUGGCAAGGUCAACAAGGGCGGAAACGUCGUGGACGAGAGCGGCAGCGUUGUGGGCCACGUGAUUGAAGGUUCCAUCAAGAGCCUCAUCGGCCGCAAGAUUGACGAGAACGGCGAUGUCUGGAACGACUCGGGCAAGGUCAUUGGCCGCGUCGAGCCCAACGAGGCCGUAGAGGAGGAGGAAGAAUCCGGCCCCUUUGACGACUUCCCCGAUGCCGUGGUGGAGAGUGACGGCACCGUCACCUUUGAGGGCAGGCUCGUCGGCCGCGUGAUCGAGGGCGACGCGAAGAAGCUGGCGGGAAAGAAGGUCGACAAGGACGGCGACAUCCUUGAUCGCUCUGGAAACAACAUUGGCAAGGCCGAGCGCUGGGAGGGUGAUGAGCCCGAGCCUGAGGCCGAGCCCGAGAAGGUCGACCUGUCGGUUCUCAAGGGCGCCAAGGUCAACAAGAUCGGCAACGUGGUCGACGACCGCGGCCGCGUAGUUGGCCACAUUGUCGAGGGAACCCUCCCCUUUGAGGACUUCCCCGAUGCGGUCGUUGAAUCCGACGGCACCAUCACCUUUGAGGGCAAGCUCAUCGGUCGCGUGAUCGAGGGAGAUGCCAAGAAGCUCGCGGGCAAGAAGGUAGACGAGGACGGUGAUAUCCUCGACCGCUCCGGUAACGUGAUCGGCAAGGCCGAGCGUUGGGAGGGUGACGAGCCCGAGCCCGAGGCUGAGCCCGAGAAGGUCGACUUUUCCGCUCUCAAGGACGCCAAGGUCAACAAGCUCGGCAAUGUCGUGGACCACCGCGGUCGAGUAGUGGGUCACGUCAUCGAGGGCGCUCUUCGCCACCUCAUCGGCCGCAAGACGGAUGAGAACGGCGAGAUCUGGAACGACGCCGGCAAGGUCAUCGGCAAGGCCGAGCCCGUGGAUCCCGAAGACGUCAAGGAGCCCUCGCCCUUCGAGGACUUCCCCGACGCCAUCGUCGGACCCAAGGGCAUCGUCACUUCCAACGGCGAGACCGUGGGCCGCCUGAUCGAGGGCGACGCCAAGAAGCUCAAGGGCAAGAAGGUCGACCCCGACGGCGAGAUCCUCGACAGCUCCGGCAACGUGCUCGGCAAGGCCGAGCGCUGGGAGGAAGAGGAGCCCGAGCCCGAGCCCGAGAAAAUCAUCGACCGCUCCGCCCUCGCGGGCAAGCGCGUCAACAAGCUCGGCAACGUGGUCGACACGAGCGGCACCAUCUUUGGCCGACUCGUCGAGGGCGACGCCAAGGGCCUCGCGGGUCGCAUGUGCGACAAGGAGGGCAACGUGCGCAGCGAGGCGGGCGACAUCAUUGGUCGCGCCGAGCUCGUGCCCGAGGGCGAGCGCGAGGGUCUCAAGGAGGGCCCCUUUGCCGAGCUCCCCGGCUGCACCGUGACCAAGGAGGGCAAGGUCGUGACGCCCGGCGGCGACGUGGUCGGCCGCCUGAUCAAGGGCGACGCCAAGACGCUCUUUGGCCGCAGUGUCGACGAGGACGGCGACGUGCUCGACCGCAACGGCAACAGCCUCGGCAAGGCCGAGCGCUGGGAGGAGCCCGAGGUCGAAAAGACCAAGAACCCGCUCGAGGGCCGCAAGGUCAACCGCGAGGGCAACGUCGUCGACACCGACGGCAACAUCAUCGGCAAGCUCACGUCGGGCGAGCUGAGCAUUUGCUCGGGCAAGGAGAUUGAUGGCGACGGCGAUGUCGUCGACAGCAAGGGCCGCACCAUUGGACACGUUUCUCUGCUCGAGGAUAUCCCUGCCGAGCCCGAGCCCGAGCCGGUCGAGACCGAGUCGCCCGAGGAGAAGCAGAAGCGCGAGGAGGACGCAAAGGACAAGAAGCUCGCCAAGCAGAUGGCGGCGUGCCUCACGCAGUGCCUCGACAGGAUCAAGCCCAUCUGCAAGAUGAUUACCCAAAAGAUCGAGGCGGCCGAGCGCACCCCCAAGGAGGACCUUGAUGAGGAGGGCCUGGUCAAGGAGGUCAAGCCUUUGAUCGAGGAGGGCCACGCUAUCCUCCAGGAGGCCAACGGCAUCAUCCGUGGCCUCGACCCCGAUGGCCAUAUCCAGGCCAACGCCAAGCACAAGUCUGCUACCCGUGACGCCUCUCCCGAAGAGUUCCACCUUGCCGAUGUUCUCAAGGAGAUCCUGGCGGCCGUCGGCCUGCUCCUCAACGGUGUCCUCGAGCUCGUGGGUCGCCUCCUCAGCGGCCUCGGCCUCGGUGGUCUCGUGCACAACAUCCUCGGCGGUCUCGGCUUGACCAACGUCCUCAAGGGCCUUGGAAUCGGCGGCGUCGUCGAUGCCUUGACGGGCAAGACCCGAAACGGAAAGAAGAAGGAGUAA